UACACGUACAUGUAGUUGGCCUCGGCUUGUUGUUUUUGCACACAGCCCCGAGGUACUUUGCACACGGGUCGAGCUAAUAGUCUGGCAAAAAGGUCGAAAUAAACGAGUUUUUGCACACUUGUUGAUUCACAGUUGAUUACGAGAGUGUCCCUGUCACAAGGUGACUGUUCUCUAGACUAUAAGUCUUUGGUUGGUCCAAGAAAUACGUGGUAGAAAUCUGGUCUGUUCCAGCACUAUGCACGGUGUCCACAGCGAGUAAGCAACCAUUACAUGGUUUGUAUUAAUGGGAAUAAUCCGUUCUACUGGGACCACCUUUACAAAUGGAUGAGAAGGUCUUCCUCGCUCCGCCCACCAAGGUGUGUCUGCUGUGCUCUUCGGUCCAACCCUUGACCCAGUCCGAGGACGACUCCGAUAGGGGCUCCGGUACGGUCCUGUACUUCACCAAGAAGGGGCAAGUCACGCGCAGGAGAGUGUGCCUGUACUGCCGGGGUUGUCAGGCCAGGUACAACUACACGGACUACGGGAGCGAUGAACGCGGGUACCGACUGUACGCCACGCCGAGGGACGCUGCCGGGCUGCUCGGUGCCUGUGCCGUGGAGAGAACGCUCAUCAACCCGCUGCUCUUCGACGACCGGUCCGACAGAGAAAAGAGUUGGGUCGGCUUCGCAAGAGCAUACAACUCUGCCUACAAUCUCACUCGAGACAAAGCUUUGACUACUGACGUCUUACAAGCCGCCAUCUUGGAAGCGGAGCUGGAACAGUACUAUCGCGAGGCAGGCCGCCUGCAGUUAAGAUAUAAGUCGCUAGAGGUUGAAAUCGACCAGUUGAUGGGGAUCGAUAGUGUUAACAGCAGAGAGUUGCGGAGAGCUCCAGAUACGCCAGAUACUCUUCCUUCAGAUGCCGGCCCAGCAACCAAAGGUUCAGACAUUAUGUCGGAAGGCAGCCUAUCCACGGUGGAGACGGCAGCGCUAGCGGCCGAGUCUAAAGAGAACGGGCGGCAUCAGAACAACGGGCGAGGGGCCAAGCGUUUUCCGAUUGGACCCGAAGCCUUCCAUUGCCACGCGAUUCGCCCGGAAAAUCCCGAGGAGGAAAACAGAAAGGCUUUCAGAAAACUGGCCAUCGCCACCUGUCUGUCACUCUUCUUUGUUGUCAUGGAGCUAAUAGGCGGGUACCUUGCCGGGAGUCUUGUCGUACAGACCGACGCUGCGCAUGUGCUGGCUGACGUAGCCUCGUUCCUGUUGAGCCUCGCUUCCAUCCGGCUGUCCUCGCGAGCCCGGACGAGACGGAUGACGUAUGGCUGGCUACGCGUCCAGGUGGUGGGUUCUCUCACGUCCAUCAUAAUCGUGUGGAUCGUGACGGGUGUGCUGGUCUACUGCGCCACCAUGCGGCUGGUGAAGGGAGCGUACCACAUCCACGGGAACAUCAUGCUAGUCACAGCAGUCAUGGGCGUCAUCGUCAACACCAUCCUUGGUUACGUGCUGCACGAGCAGGCACACGCGGGGCACGGCCACGGGCACAGUCACGGUAACACCAGCCACGGGGACCGCGAGCUUCCCGACGGCUUCCACAACCCGGACGACCUCUGGGAGCGAGUCCGCGCCUUCUUCGGCUUCCCGUCCGAUCCCUUCAAGGCGCCGAGCAAGAGCAUCCUCGUCAGAGCCGCCUUCAUCCACGUCCUGGGAGACUUCCUGCAGAGUCUCGGGGUGCUCCUGGCAGCCUGCAUCAUUUACGUCAGGCCUGCGUGGAAGGUGGUUGACCCCAUCUGCACGUACGUGUUCUCCGUCCUGGUCCUCAUCACCACCAUCAGCGUCAUGCGCGACCUACUCAUCGCCAUCAUGCAGGGUUUCCCGCGUCAGCUUGACUUUGGUGAGGUGGCUGAGACUCUGGGCAGGGUGAACGGAGUGGUGCAGGUGCACGACCUGCACGUCUGGAUCCUGUGUGAUCAUCACUUCGUCCUCACCUCACACAUAGUCAAAGACCCGUCGGCAGACCCCCAGCAGGUCAUGCGGGAGGCUACAGCACAGGUCAACCUGGAGUACGACAUCCAACACGUGACUCUACAGGUGGAAGACUUUCACCCCAUCAUGAAAACAUGCGAAAACUGCCGGCUUCCCCCAAGCUGAGUCUUCUACUCUCUAAUAUAGAUACAAGCCUCCAG